AUGACGAGAAUUUGAAGAAGCAAAGAAAUCGCCUUUAAGUGGCAGAAAGCGUAAUAAUCCAAUAAUGAAAAGAGCCUUUGUGGAAGACCCAUUUUCCACCCAAACAAAAAAAGAAAAAAAAGAAAAAAAUAAGAUUCUCUCUCUCUCUCUCUCUUAUUCGUCUUCUCAAAAUUGAAGAAAACAAAAAUUUCUCUGCUCAUAAUUGGUCUCUCCUCUCCCCCACACAUAAGUCCAAAACCAAAUCACUUUUCUUUUUUUUUUUUGCUUCAAACUCUCUCCCUCGCUUCACUUUUUCAAUUUCGUAAUUUCGUCAUCGUUGAAACACAUUUUCUUCUCAUCUCCGGAGCUUCGAAUACUAGGCCAAAACUCCUUUGAAUCGAUUCUGGGGAGCGAGCUCAAAGGAAGUUUUGGGAUAAAAGGACAGAUCGUGUUUGAUGGAGUUUCACAGAUGAAAGAAUAUUGGGUUCUCAAAACCUCUUGUUGUUGAGUUGCCUCGAUAAAUGAUAUUUGGUUAGUAAAUCCAGAAGAAAAGAAGAUAUGAGAAAGCAUCGGUUUAGAGAGACCUUGAAGUCUUUCUUUGAGCCUCAUUUUGAUCAUGAGAAAGGCGAAAUGCUCAAAGGAACAAAAUCUGAAAUGGAUGAAAAGGUGAAGAAAAUCUUGGGAAUGGUUGAGAGUGGAGACAUAGAUGAAGAUAAAUCUAAAAGACAAGUGGUUUCAGAGUUAGUGAAUGAAUUCUACAUCGCGUACCAGACUCUAUAUCGCAAGUACGAUGAUCUAACAGGAGAGAUUAAGAAAAAGGUACACGGGAAAGGAGAAAGCUCUUCAUCGUCGAGCUCAGACUCGGAUUCUGACGAUUCUUCGAAGAAGAAGACCAAGAGAAACGGAAAAGUAGAGAAAGAUGUAGUAGAGUCUGUAACAGAUGGACAAACCGAAGCUGCUAAUCUUGAAAUUGCUGAUCUGAAAAAGAAGUUGACAAAGAGUGUUGAAGAAAAAGAAGCAGUAGAUUCUGAGCUUGAAGCAGCUUUGGUGAAGUUAAAAGAAUCAGAAGAGAUCAUCAGAAAUUUGAAACUUGAAACUGAGAAGUUAGAGGGCGAAAAGACAACAGCUCUGAGUGAUAGCAGAGAACUACAUCAGAAACUGGAUGUUGCGGGAAAAACAGAAACUGAUCUGAGCCAGACGUUAGAAGAUGUGAAAAAGGAAAGAGAUCAACUGCAAACUGAGAUAGACAAUGGUAUCCAAAGAUUUCAAGAAGCUGAAAAGAUUGCAGAAGACUGGAAAACAACGAGUGGUCAGCUCAAAGAUGAAGUUGCUAAUUUCAAGCAGCAGGUAGAAGCAUCAGAGAAGCGAGUUUUGGAGAUUUCAGGUGAGAUCCAACAGGCACAGAACACCAUACAAGAACUCACUUCCGAACUGGGAGAGAUGAAAGAAAAAUACAAGGCAAAAGAGAGUGAGCAUUCUAGUUUGGUGGAGUUACAUGAGACCCAUGAGAAAGAAUCAUCGAGCCAAGUGAAAGAGUUAGAAGCACGAGUAGAAUCAUCAGAGAAAAUGAUUGGAGAUUUGAACCAAAACCUGAAUAAUGCAGAGGAAGAGAAGAAACUGCUCUCGCAGAGAAUCUCAGAAAUCUCUAACGAGAUAAAAGAAGCACAAAGUACCAUACAAGAACUCAUGUCUGAGUCUGAACAGUUGAAAGAGAGCCACAGUGUGAAAGACAGAGAAAUGUUCGGUUUGAGGGACAUCCAUGAGACUCAUCAGAGAGAAUCAUCCACUCGCACGAGUGAAUUAGAAGCUCAACUGGAAUCCUCAGAGAAGAGGGUCUCAGACUUGAAUGCGAGUCUGAAGGCUGCAGAGGAAGAAAACAAAGCCAUCUUCUCGAAAAAUGUGGAAACUCUAGACAAGCUAGAACAGGCACAGAUGACCAUACAAGAACUCAUGUCUGAAUCUGGACAGUUGAAAGAGAGCCACAGUGAGAAAGAGAGAGAACUUUCUAGUUUGAGGGACAUCCACGAGACUCAUCAGAGAGAAUCAUCCACUCGCACGAGUGAGUUAGAAGUUCAGCUGAAAUCAUCGAAACAGCGGGUCUCAGAGUUGAGUGCGAGUCUGAAUGUUGCAGAGGAAGAAAGCAAGUCCAUGUCCUCGAAGAUCUUGGAAACUACAGACAAGCUAGAGGAGGCACAGAACAAGGUACAAGAACUAAUGGCUGAAUUGGCAGAAUCGAAAGAUAUACACAUACAUAAAGAGAGUGAGCUUUCUAGUUUGGUGAAAUCAUCAGAGCAACGAGUUAAAGAUUUGAACCAGAGCCUGAACAGUGCUGAGGAGGAGAAGAAGCUGUUAUCUCAACAAAUUUCAGAUAUGUCGAAUGAGAUCAAGCAGGCGGAGAACACCAUACAAGAACUCAUGUCUGAGUCUGGACAGUUAAAAGAGAGCCACAAUGAGAAAGACAAGGAACUUCUCGGUUUGAGGGAUAUCCAUGAGAAUCAUCAGAGAGAUUCAUCCACUCAACUAAGAGAUUUAGAAGCGCAACUGAAGUCAUCUGAACAAAGGGUUUCGGAUCUGAGUGAAAGUCUGAAGAUUGCAGAGGAAGAAAACAAAUCCAUGUCCACUAAAAUCUCAGAUACUUCAGGGGAGCUCGAAAGAGUACAGAUCACAUUACAGGAACUCACAGUUGAGUCAAGCAAACUGAAAGAGAAGCUUGCUGAGAAAGAAGCAGAACUUUUACAUCUAACAGAGAAGGAAAGCAAAUCACAGUUGCAGAUAAAAGAACUAGAAGCAACAGUAGCGACCCUUGAGUUGGAGCUACAGUCAGUUCAUGCCCGUACAUUAGAUCUCGAGACAGAAAUUGCAGGCAAGACCACUGAAGUUGAGCAAGUGGAAUCGCAAAACAGAGAAAUGGUUGCUAGAAUCUCGGAACUUGAGAAGACAAUGGACGAGAGAGGAACUGAACUCUCUGCUUUAACCCAAAAACUUGAGGAUAAGGAGAAGCAAUCAUCGUCCACAGUUGAGAGUUUGACAGCUGAGAUCGAUGGCCUAAGAGCAGGACUAGAUUCAGUGUCUGCUCAAAAAGAAGAGUUAGAGAAGGUAAUGGAGAGCAAAGGCGAUGAAGCUUCAAUGCAGAUUAAGGGUUUGGAGGAUGAGAUCGAUGGUCUGGGCCAGAAAAUGGUCUCACUUGAAAGCCAGAAAGCAGAACUAGAGAUCCAACUUGAGAGGAAGUCCGAGGAGAGCUCUGAAUAUAUGAGUCAGAUUACAAAUCUAAGAGAGGAGAUCACAAGCAAAGUCAAAGAUCACGAUAAUAUUCUAGAGGAAAGAAAUGGUUUAUCUGAGAAAAUCAAGGGUCUUGAAGUUGAGAUAGAGACUCUACAGAAACAGAGAAGUGAGCUUGACGAGGAGCUAAGAACUAAAACACAAGAGAUCCUUCAAAUGCAGGAUAAGAUAAACAAAGCCUCUGCUGAUACAGUGGCGUUAACAGAACAGAUCAACAAUAUGCAGCAUGAACUUGAAUCUCUGCAGGUGAAGAAGAGUGAAACCGAAUCAGAGCUUGAUAGAGAGAAGCAAGAGAAAUCAGAUUUGUCUAAUCAGAUCAUCGAUAUUAAAAAAGCAUUGGUAGAGCAAGAAGCUGCUUACAAUACGCUGGGAGAGGAAAACAAACAGAUCAACCAACUGUUAAAAGAAUGUGAGGCAACACUUAAUAAGCUAACAGAGGAUCACAAAGAAGCACAAAGGUUACUGGAGGAGACAGGUAAUGAAGUAUCAUCCAGAGAUUCUGCAAUCGCAGGUCAUGAAGAGACAAUGGAGAGUUUACGUAACGAGCUGGAAAUCAAAGGAGAAGAGAUAGAAACUCUGAUGGAGAAGAUCAGUAACAUCGAGGUUAAGCUACGUUUAUCGAACCAGAAACUGAGGGUAACGGAACAGGUGCUAACAGAGAAAGAGGAAGCUUUCAGGAGAGAAGAAGCUAAACACUUGGAGGAACAAGCAGUGCUUGAGAAAAGCCUCAAGGUGACUCAUGAGGCUUAUCAAGGUAUGAUGAAAGAGAUAGCAGAGAAAGUGAACACAACACUAGAUGGGUUUCAGUCAAUGUCGGGAAAAUUCACGGAGAAGCAGGGGAAGUACGAGAAAACGGUAAUGGAGGCUUCUAAAUUGCUGUGGACUGCUACGAAUUGGGUGAUAGAGAGGAAUCACGAGAAGGAGAAGAUGAAGAAAGAGAUGGAGAGGAAAGUAGAGGAAAUAAAGAAGCUUGGAGAGAAAGUAAGAGAAGAUGAAAAAGAGAAGGAGAGGAAAGAGGAGGAAAUAAAGAAGCUUGGAGAGAAAGUAAGAGAAGAUGAAAAGGAGAAGGAGAGGAAAGAAGAGGAAAUAAAGAAGCUUGGAGAAAAAGUAAGAGAGGAUGAAAAGGAGAAGGAGAAAAAAGAAGAGGAGAUAAAGAAGCUUGGAGAAAAAUUAAGGGAAGAUGAAAAGGAGAAGGAGAGGAUGAAGGAGACUUUGGUUGGACUUGGAGAAGAGAAAAGAGAAGCAAUAAGGCAAUUAUGUGUGUGGAUCGAUCACCACAGAGGUCGCUGUGAAUAUCUUGAAGAGGUUUUGUCUAAGACUGUUGUGGGUCGAGGGCAAAGACCGUCGCAGCGAGCCUAAGAGCUAGCGCCAUCAUCGGAGACAGUAUGGAAGAAGCUGGACUUCCGGAAAACUCCUGGCUGAGAGGAUAUUUUUGGUCAACUACUUUUGUGUCUGUUGUGUUAGGUGUGAUUGUAUUGCAUUAUUCAUCUCCCCUGUAUUUUGUUUUUGCUGUUGUUUUAAAGUCAAAUUGGGUUAUAUCGUGGGCAAAGUUUGGUGGUGGGAUUAAAUGGGAAUAAUGGGCAUCCUGCAAAUGAAUUUGAUAUUAUAUUUUUGGAGGGUGUGAUUGUACAGAACAAUUAAUCAAUGUUGUCGGUAUAGUGUUUUUGAGUC